AAAUAUUGUUUAUUCAAUUUUUAAAAGCAUAACACUAAUAUGGAUAUGUACAUUUGUAACAAAUGUUCUUCUACAACAUAUAGAGGAAAAAAACCAUUUUGUUUAACUCAAUGUGGUCAUAUAUAUUGUCAGGGAUGCAUACAACAAGCUGAAAAACAGUGUCCUCAAUGUCAACAGAUGGAUAUCUUUUCUAUAGAAUUACAACAACCAUCAUUAUCAAGGGUAGAAAAUUUCUUUGCUCCAUUGAAUGAAUCAUUGGAAUCAUUACAUAAAAUAUGCGGUUUUCAAAAUAAUCAAAUGGAAAUUUUGAUACAACGUUUUCACGAAAUCGACAAAAAAUACGAAACAUUAAAAUCCCACUACUAUAACCUUACUCAAAACAUGAAAGUAAUUAGAGAUAAAUAUAUAAAGCUAAAAAUGGAAAACACAGAACAAAAAAAAAAAUUGAUGUCUUUUGAAAUACAGAAUAGAACAUUAAAUUCUUUAAGCGAUGCUUCCACACCGAUAAAAUCUAACAAUCCAAGAAAUCCAAAAAUAAGAACUGCAUCAAAUUCAUACUUUUCGUCCUGUGGUACAAAUACGUCAAAUCAAUCACUUAAUGUAAGAAAAGAAAAGAGAAUGCUAGAAGGUUUUCGUAUUCCUUUUCCUCAAACAGUACGAUCAGUUGAUACUCGUGAAGUUUCAAACAUGAACC